UUGUAUGUUUUAAAGUUUAUUGCAUUAUUAAUUAUUUUUUCAGGUCACUAGGUCAAAAAUGUAUGUUCCGGUUCUUCUACUCGGUAUCCUAUUUAAAUGUUUUACAUUGCUUAUUGCCGUAGAAUCACCUGUGCCACCAAAGAUGGAAAAUUUAGAGAAGAUACCAUUCAAAGGGAAACCAGUUCCACCAUGUCGUGCUUGUCGUAACCUUGUAGAUUCAUUUUUAAAGGCUGUAGAUGAAACAGUGCGGAAGAGUUUUGAAGGUGGUGAUGCCGAUUGGGAAAAGAAGCUUGGAAGUUAUGACAACAGUGAAUUAAGAUUUAUAGAAAUACAAGAACAAGUUUGCUCAGAUGUUGGAUUAGGAAAAGAUCAGUGUUACAACUUGGCAGAACUGCAUGAAUCUGAACUAGAAAAUUGGUUUUAUGAAGAGAGACACAAAAAUAUAGAUCUUUUUGAAUUUCUUUGCAUAAAUCAUUUAAAAAUAUGCUGUCCGAAUAAUACCUAUGGUCCUGACUGUGUACCUUGUCCUGGUGGCAUUGAAAGUCCAUGUGGAGGUCAUGGUAAAUGCUUGAAAGGGGGCACUAGAGAAGAACCAGCAAGCUGCUUUUGUGAUGCUGGUUAUACCGGAGAGCUAUGUGACGCUUGUGCUAAAGGGUAUUAUCAAGAAGCUGGCAAAGUGUUUUCUUGCAGGAUAUGUGAUAAAGCAUGCAAAGGUCAUUGCAGGGGACCUGGUCCAAAAAAUUGUGAAAUGUGUUCUUUUGGUUACCAUUUUAUUCCAGAUGAAGGCUGUGUAGAACAUUUUAAUGAUUACAAGAACUCUAUAAAAAUUGCUGAUGAUGCAUCAAAUGGAACUGAAGAUCCCAAAUCCAAGGUAGAGCCUGAUUUAGAAGAUGUCACUGUUGAUAGUACUCAGCAGUCAGAACAUUCUGAACUUUAAAAAUAUUGAAAUAAUCAAAAGUCAAUUUGUAAAUAUUGUGAUGUGCUAAUAAAGAUAUAUUGUUAAAAAUAA